AGCCUUUGCAACUAUGAAGAAAUCCACUGCAAUUUCAGGAUCGCCAUUUUCACUUUCUUUUCUGUUCACUGUCUUCUUCCUUUUCGUUUCUCUACCUUCGAAUGCAGAUGAUAAAUGGUGGGAAGGGGCCUGUCCUGUGGUGAAGAGAGCCAAUGAGAGAAGAUCACUCCUCAAAACAGAGUACGGCGAGAUCUCUGCCAUUGAUUUACACGAUGCCUCUCAGUUCGGACCUUAUCAUCUUCAGUUCAUUACAAUGGAACCCAACUCCCUGUUUCUUCCUGUUCUUCUUCAUGCUGACAUGGUGUUGUACAUGCACACUGGAAGUGGGAGAUUGAAUUGGUUUGAUGAUGAUGAUUUGAGGGAGGUGGAUUUACGGCGGGGAGAUAUUUUCAGGCUUCAACCAGGCGCCAUUUUUUACAUUCAUAGCAGCUUAGAGACCGAACGUGAAAAGCUUCGGAUGUAUGCUCUGUUUUCCAGCACAGAUGAGGACCCAUUUGAGCCGGCCAUCGGAGCGUACUCCCGUGUCACCGAUCAUGUUCGUGGAUUCGACAAAGAAGUCCUCUGUAAAGCUUUCAUGGUCCCGGAGGAAGUAAUUGAGGAAAUAAUGGAUGCGAAAAGGCCGCCGCUGAUUGUCCACGCUGCAACCACUUUGAGCAAGAAGCCGACGUCGUCGUUGUCGAUGUCGUUGGAAUUAGAAGCUCGGUUCUUGAAAUCUUUCAUAGGGGGAGGCGGGAGUGGGAUGGAUUUCAACAAGAAGAAGAAGAAGAAGAAAGGGUUGUACAACGUUUUUGAAGCGGACCCGGAUUUUGAAAACUGUAAUGGAUGGAGUUUGACUGUAACUAAGAAAGUCUCCCAUCAGUUGAAGGGCUCCAACAUUGGCUUCUUCGUAGUCAACCUCACAGCGGGCUCAAUGAUGGGUCCGCAUUGGAAUCCAAGGGCGUGGGAGAUAGGGAUUGUGACGUCGGAGGAGGCAGGGGUGGUUCGGGUGGGGUGUUCGAGCAUGACGAACAGUUCAAUAUGCAAGAAAUGGAGUUUUGUAGUAGGUAAAGGUGAUGUGUUCGUGGUGCCAAGGUUCCAUCCAAUGGCGCAGAUGUCGUUCAACAAUGGGUCGUUUGUUUUUGUUGGAUUUAGCACGACGAACAGGAAUAACCUGCCACAGUUCUUGGCUGGACGUAGCUCGGUGUUGCAAACUGUGGACAGGGAAGUGUUGGCGUGGUCGUUUGAUGUGAAUGUGACAACGAUUGAUCGGUUGUUGGGAGCUAGAGUUGAGUCAGUUAUAUUGGAGUGUACGUCUUGUGCUGAAGAGGAAGUGAGGAAAAUGGUGGAGGAAGCUGAGAGAGAGAGACAAGAGGAGGAGGAGAGGAAGCGGGAGGAGGAGGAGGAGGAGGAGAGGAAGCGGAAGGAGGAGGAGGAGGAGGAGAGGAAGCGGAAGGAGGAGGAGGCAAAGAGAGAGGAAGAGAGGAGGAGGAGAGAGGAGGAAGAAAGGGAGAGAGAAGAGGAGGAGGCAAGAAAAAGGGAGGAGGAGGAACGGGAGAGGGAAGAGGAGGCGGAGAGGGGGCGAAGGGAAGAGGAGGAGGCAAGAAAAAGGGAGGAGGAGGAAGAACGGGAGAGGGAAGAGGAGGAGGCGCGAAGGGAAGAGGAAGAGGCGGUGAGGGGAGAAAGGGAGGCAGAGAGAGAGGCAGAGGAAGCUAGGGAGAGUGAGGAAGCACAUCGAAGAGAGAGAGGUAGGAGACGCAGAGAGGCAGAAGAAAGACAGAGAAGACGCAGGGAAGAAGAAGAAGAGCCAACACUAAGAAUUCUGAGACAACGAACGUAACUCGAAACCUUCAAUGUCGUGGUAUCAUCGAACUUAGCUCCAACGAAUAAGAGCACAGAAAUGUAAGGGAGAGACAGA